AUGUCUCUCAAAAAAGUAUUGGGAAAGCUCAAGACGGGCUCCCACAGCAACCCCACCUCGGACGAUGAAAGCGCGGGUGGCAUCAAGUCACCACGAUCCGGUUCCCACGCGAACGGUGGCGUAACGUCCCCACGAUCUUCCGGUGUCUUUGCACACCGAGCCAGUGGGGAUUUCAAGCGGGGCCUCGACAGCCCCUCCGGUGUGCUCUCGCCCGCCGACAGCAGGACCAGCAUAGAUAAGCACUCCAAGAAUGACAGUGGCAUCUUCCACCGCCGCACCGACAGCCCAAGCCGCAGCCGGACCUUUGGGUCGGGCCAUGGCCGCUCUGGCUCCGGUGCCACCCACUCCCCCAUCCGCGCCGUCAAGGAGAAGCUGCACAUCGGCGGCGACUCGUCCAGCGAUGGCGACACUCCGCUCAACCGCGAAGGCGAGCCCAUGUCCAAGAACCAGCUACGAAAGCACGAGAGGCAGGCGCAGCAAGAAGAGCGUCACCAGGAGGCUCUGCAGAAGGAGAAGGAAAUCGAGCGGAGGAAGAAGGAAAUGGAGGCUCAGGCCGCGGCAGAGCUCACUCCAGAGCAGAGGGCGAAGUAUGGCAUGGUCGCGCCCAACAGCUAUGCUGCAGAGUGGAAGCAUGAGCCGCGUAUGCAGAUCCUCGACUUCACCGCUGCUGAUGUUGGCAAGCAAGUUGUCUUCCGCGCUAGAAUCCACCACCUGCGAAAGAUGAGCUCCAAGUUCGUCUUCUUUGUCUUCCGGCAGCAGCUUGCUACCAUCCAAGGUAUAUUGGUCGAGCAUGCAGAUAUAUCCAAGUACAUGCUCUACUGGGCUGAGCAUCUCGAGGCUGAGAGCGUUGUGCUUGUCAAGGGUAUUCUCCAGGCGCCAAACAACAAGCAGGGCGACGUCACUGGUGCUACUAUCCAUGACGUCGAAGUCGCUGUUCACGACCUCCAUGUUGAGGCUGCUGUUACCGAGCACCUUCCGUUCAAUGUCUACGAAGCUGAGGUCACGCAAGCCGAGGUCGACGAAGACCUCGCGGGCGCUGACCACAAAGAAGGCCACACCCGCGUGAGGAUCAAUGACCGAACGCGCUUGAGCAAUCGUGUCAUCGACUUGCGCACAACAGCAUCCCAGGGCAUCUUCCGCAUCCAGUCCGGCAUUUGCAACCUCUUCCGCUCUCAGCUAGACCAUGAAGGCUUCAUCGAGAUCCACACUCCUAAACUCCAGGGUGGUGCGACCGAAUCCGGUGCCAGUGUGUUCAAGGUCGAAUACUUUGGCCGUGGUGCUUUCCUUGCCCAGAGCCCUCAGUUGGCGAAGCAGAUGUGUAUCUCUGCCGACUUUGGCAGGGUUUACGAAAUUGGUGCUGUCUUCCGUGCGGAGAACAGCAACACAUACCGCCAUUUGACUGAGUACACUGGUCUUGAUCUGGAGAUGGCGAUCGACGAGCACUAUCAUGAAGUGCUCCGCGUGCUAGACCGCACAUUCAAGAAUAUAUUCAAGGGUAUCUACGAGCGCUACCGGCCCGAGAUUGAGGUGAUCAAGAAGCACUUCCCUCACGAGGAUCUCGUUUGGUUAGAUGAAACUCCCAUCAUUCCCUUCGCAGAAGGUAUUCGCAUGCUUAACGAGUCUGGCUGGAGGGACGAUGACGGAAACCCUCUGGAUGAGAACGAAGACAUGGGUACACGUGAUGAAGUACAGCUUGGCCGUGUUAUCAAGCAGAAGCUUGGCACCGACUACUACGUCCUCGACAAGUUCCCUGCCAACGCACGGCCGUUCUACGCGAUGCCCGAUCCGAACGACCCCAAGCUCACCAACUCUUUCGAUAUUUUCGUUCGUGGCCAGGAGAUUCUGAGUGGUGGCCAGCGUAUCCAUGACUCAGACAUGCUCCUUGACAAGAUGCACCGGAUGAAGGUUGACCCACAGACCAUGGAAGAGUACAUCCAGGGCUUCCAAUGGGGUGCUCCUCCGCACGGCGGUGGUGGUAUCGGUUUGGAACGUAUUCUCAUGCUUAUGCUGAGCCUGGGCAACAUCCGACAUGCGUCGCUGUUCCCUCGCGACCCCAAGAGUUUGCCCGAAAAGCCCGUGAUCAAGCAACUCCGUCACCCAGAAUCCAGCACAAUGCACCCGCCGUGGGAAGGCCAAGAUCGAGCUGCAGCAGGCAUCGACUUCCAGCCCAUCACCAAGCUCAUUGCCAAUUACGGAGAUGCUACGAACACAUCCUGGUUGGAGCCUCGCACAGAGAUCUGGCGAGACGAUUUCACGGGAGCUGCUGUGGGCUUCGUUCCCCAGGAUGGUUUCGCGAUCACCGUGGGUGAUCCUCUCUGCCACCCGAGCCAGUAUUUGAAGACCAUGACUGGCUACCUCAAGUACAUCAAGAAGGAGCGUAACCUGAAGCCACUUUGGCUUCUGGUAGGUCACGAUGCUGAGGAAGUACUGGCCACCAAGUUCAACUGGCGGACCUUCUCCGUCGUCGCUGAACAGCGUGUCGACCCUGCGCACAACCCUGCGUUCAACGACUCCGACGUACAGCGCAAGGUCCGCCAUGCCGAGAAGGAGGGUGUCAAGAUCACCGACUACAUUGUUGGCACCCCCGUACCGGACGAGAUGAAGAAGAGGGUCGAUGCCCGUGUAGAAGACUGGCUUAAGGGCAGGAAGGGCCGCCAGGUGCAUCUUACCAACAUCCACCCAUGGCAAGACGAGGAGCACCGGCAAUACCACAUCGCCAUGACACCCGACGGCACCAUCGCCGCUCUCGUCGUCAUGGCCCAGCUGAGCGCCGACCACGGCUGGCAAGUCAAGUAUUCGCUCGACUUCCCGGGCGCACCUUCGGGCUCCAUCGAACACGUCGUGCUCCACGCCAUGAAGGUCGUCGCCCAGGCCGGCGCCACGACCAUCACCUUCGGCGGCGGGGCAAGCAGCAAGUUCACGCCUGGCCACAACGUAAAGGGCACGCGCGUCAAGGUGCUGAGCCGCGCGUACCAGGCCAUCGCGACGGAGCUCAAGCUCACGAACAAGACCGAGUUCAGAGAGAAGCUGGGCGCCACGGACGACCCGAGCUAUAUCUGCUACCCGCCGCAUGGGCUGGGCCCGAUGGCGAUCAAGGCUAUCUUGAAUUUCUUCGAGGAUGAUGACUAG